AUGUUUAACCUCAUCUAUCCCUCCGACGCCAGUCGCAAGGCCACCAAGAAAGCCUCGCGCGUGAUGUCAAGCCUCAAAAAGACCCUCUGGUCAACCUUCUCCAAGACCCCCAAGCAGCAUCUCAAGGAGCAGAAGCCCAAGUACCAGCUCUGCAGCAACCCCAGCAUCACUGUUACAGAUACUGAGACCGGCGAGGAGUGGGACUUCAUCGAUCAUGAUGAACUUGAUGGUGAUCUCGCGAACAGCGAUGACACUCGCACUUUGAGAGAGGAACUCGAGAUCAAUGCGCGCGAACAGGAGGAUCUCCUGAGAUAUCUCGACGGCGGCAACAUCGCCUCGAGAUUGACCCCGGAACUUCCUCAAUCAGCAACCAUCCUCACCAACCUACCAACACCUACUCACACCCAUUUUUGGACACCUGACACCACGACCUCUUCGCUAUCUCCAGGAACUUCCGACUCACCAACAUCAGCCUACACAGCUGAGCUGAAUCGCCUUACACGACAACCUUGUUCACCAUCCCCAGGACUCCCCGGCUACGACAAGCCAACACGCCAACCUCCCAUCAUGUUCUCGAUGCUAGUCAAGAAGGUGACCGCCUUCAUCAAGGGCCCAUCCGACGAAGAUAAGAACCGCGACCAGAAGGAGAAUACUGUCAACCAGCCCAAAGACACCACCAAGCCUUGGGAAGUCAUCCCAACCAUCAAGGAUGAACCUUGGGCUGUUGUCGUCAAGAGCCGCAGUGCGAUUGCGACGUUCGACGACAGCGGGUCCAACCGCCAGACCCAGUAUGAGCGUACUUACCAGUACGAGUUUGACCGUCGGGUCGUGGAGGCUGAUCGCCGAGCAAUGCGUGAGGCCGAGAUGCGAGCAUUCAAGUAG